AUGCACAACGAUCUAUCGCCACCAGAGACCGAGGUGUAUCGGGACACGAGCCAGAGGAAACAAGGGCAGCCUUCGAAAACGCUCGCGUGCCUCACUUGCCGGCGAAAGAAGGUCAAGAUAGAAUGCGACAUCCCUGACAUUGACGAACGAAGGCGGACCUACUCUCGCCAGUUGAUCCAAGACCUUCGAGCCGAGGUCGCCCGCCUGAAGGCCGAGCUGGAGGAGCACCGUCACUUUUGCCUCAUGGGGGACAACGCCGGCGAGUCCGUUUCGGAUUGGCUAUCGGAAGAGCCGUCAGAUGGAAACUCUCCAGCUUCCUGCUCCACCAAGUCCGAUAACAUGAUCGUGCGAUUGUGCGGUGGACAGCGGCAGCUCAACAGCGACCGCGGCGGUCGGCUGCGCUUCUUUGGGCCGACCUCGAGUCUUCAUCUGAUGGAGAGUGUGACAUCGUCUGUCUUUACCAGGGAGACCAACGGGAGUAGCUGUCCAGUCUGGCAGGGCGACUUCCCGCUUGACCUUCAGGAUCACCUUCUCUCUCUCUACUGGACAUACCAACACCAGGUUUUGCCAUGGGACAUGAAGAGCGGCGACACAAAGUAUUGCAGCACCCUCCUGAUGUACUGCAUACUCGCAAGAGCAGCCGCCAUAUCAAACCAACCGGGUCUGCGUGCCCUGGCCCUCGCCGAUGAUGCCGAGGACGACCCUCCAUACCUUGUGCGAAAGUGUGUUCAGCUACUCGAAACCGAGCUGGACAACCCGGGAAUAACGACGGCGCAAUCGCUCCAGCUCCUGAGCGAGAUGCACUGCGCCAUAUCUCACGAUACAAAAGGGUGGAUGUAUGCCGGUGGUGCUGGGAGGCUGGCUUACGAGCUUGGCCUGCACAGCAACAGCGAAGGACUGAGCACCAGCUUGUCGGAGCUCGACCUUGAGGUGCGCGAAAUCACCUUCUGGAGCUGCUUCAACCUGGACCGCGAGUGGGCGCUCUACCUCGGGCGCCCCCAGUGCAUCAAACUGGAGGACAUCGACGUCAAGAGACCUGGAGAAGGGCGGACAGAUAUCUCGAGUGAGAUGAGGAUGUCUGCCGCGUGGACGAAUCUCCUCGAGCUUGUCGGUCUUAUCUGCGAGAUUGUCAUGCAAUACUCGGCAGCCAUGAUCCUUCUCCAUCGGCCCCUAGCACAGUUCGGCAAGGACGGAGCCAUGCAAUCCUCGGCGAGCGAGAUAUCGCGCCAGGUGUGCAUCGACAACGCGUGCUCCGUCGCGCAGUACCUCCAGGAAUACCACGAGGCGCACGGCAGCGUGCUGACUAUGUCGUGGAUCGCGCUGCACAUUAUCGCCACUGCAUCAACGACGCUGAUCGCCAGCGUCGCGGAGCGCAAGGCCGGCCCGGGAGCGGAGCGGCAGCUGGACAGCCUGCGCAGGUGCCUCGACGCGCUGAGCGAGCUCGAGAAGAGCCACGUCGUGACGCGCCGCGUGAGGAAAGUCAUCCAGCACGCCAUCCGCCUGCUCAACCUGGACGCCACCGUCAACCCCGUCGCCGCGUCUGUGGUGGGCCGGUUCGGGAGCUUCCACACGCCGUUGCCGAUGCCGUUCGCCGCCGCCGCCGCCUCGGUGACGACGCCCGGCGUGGACUUGCAGUCGUUGCCCUUCCUUGACCUCCUCCCUGCCGUGCUCCCUGCGGUGCCGCAAUUUGAUGGCCUGAACUCGUUCGAGUCGUACUUUUCCUAA